CCUCUACUACUUAUUUAUUCCAAUCACGUGAGAAUUCGUUAAGGUCAAAUCGAAGAAAGUAUCACCUACCUCCUUCACAUCCAUCGCUCGCUCGCUCGCUAGGGUUACAGUUUUAAGCUCUGUUGCUUCCAAAGAGAAGGAAAUGAGGCCGAUUUUUUGUGGGAAUUUUGAAUAUGAUGCUCGACAGAAUGAACUGGAGCGGCUGUUUGGUAGAUAUGGGAAAGUUGAUAGGGUCGAUAUGAAGUCUGGGUUUGCUUUCAUCUAUAUGGAGGAUGAGAGAGAUGCUGAAUAUGCCAUUCGGGGACUUGACCGAAAAGAAUUUGGUCGAAAAGGACGCAGGCUACGUGUCGAAUGGACAAAGCAAGAACGUGGUACUAGAAGACCUGGUGCAUCAAGAAGAUCUUCGACUAAUACAAGACCUUCAAAGACCUUGUUCGUCAUAAAUUUUGAUCCAUAUCACACAAGGACCAAGGAUUUGGAGAGGCAUUUUGAUUCAUAUGGGAAAAUCGUCAAUGUAAGGAUCAGAAGAAAUUUUGCAUUUGUUCAAUAUGAGUCGCAAGAGGAUGCUACCAGGGCAUUGGAAGCUACAAACAUGAGCAAGUUGAUGGAUCGAGUUAUAUCAGUGGAAUAUGCAGUUCGUGAUGAUGAUGAAAGAAGUGAUGGAUUUAGCCCUGACCAGAGAAGUCGUGAUAGGUCUCCAGACAGAGGCCGUGAUAGAAGAAGGUCCCCAAGUCCCUACAAAAGAGAGAGAGGUAGCCCUGAUUAUGGUCGUGGCCCUAGCCCCGGCCCCUACCAGGAGAGAGAGGGGCAAAGGGAGAGAGUAAGUCCUGACUAUGGCCGCAGGCGCAGCCCAAGUCCAUAUAGGAGGGACAGGUCUGAUCAUGGCCGCGUCUCUAGUCGUAGUCCUAGAAAAGAGAGGGUGAGUACUGACCGUGUUCGUGAUCGUAGCCGUAGCCGUAGUCCUUAUGGAAGAGAGAAGCUUGAGGUAGACAAUGGCCAUGGUCCCAGUCGGAGCCCAUAUAAGAGAGAGAGGGGUAGUCCUGAAAAUGAUCCCAGACGUGGUCCAUAUAAGAGAGAGAGGGAUGGUCCUGAAAUUGGCCGUCUCCCAAGCAGUAGUCCAUAUAAGAGAGAGAGGGCCAGUCCUGAAAAUGGUCGUGGCCCCAGUGGAAGUCCUUAUGAAAGGGAGAGGACCAGUCCGGAAAAUGGUCGCGUUGCAAGCCCAAAUUCUCCGCCUGAAGCUAGGGACAGCCCCAACUAUGGAGGGCCUGAAAGCCCCAUGAAUGAGAGAUAUAGCAGCCGUUCUCCACAAGCUGAGGAGGAAUGAUCCUGAAACUUGACUUAUGUUGUUCCCUUGAAAACUACCGCGGACUCAAAUCGUGAUGCUACUUUUGUAGUUUCUUGUAGACUUUCUUAUUUGUAGCUUUUUAAAUACUUUCUAUCCGCUGUGGUUUCUGCUCAGAACUUUAUGGUGGAACUUAUUAUUGCUGUUGAAGGAGAGUUACAAUUACAGAAUUGGAUGUCUGGUAUUUCUUGAUUUCGAUUGCUCAA